CUUGUGCACAAAACUGCGAAAAGAAAAGUGACAUGGCGACGCAGGGAGAGCAACGGAGUGAAGCAGAGAUGGAGACUGCAGCAGGGGCUGAACGUUCGGAUUUAGGAGACAGUGAACAGGAUGAAGAAGAUGAUGUUUUUGAAGUGGAACGAAUCAUCGACAUGAAAGUGGAAAAGGGUAUGAUUACGUACAGAGUCAGGUGGAAAGGCUAUGCUUCAGAUGAUGACACUUGGGAGCCAGAAGAGCAUUUGGAGGACUGUAAAGAAGUACUACAUGCAUUUCAGCGAAAGAUGACAGAAACCAAAACCAGAACUGCAAAGAAAGAAAGUGUGAAGCUGCCAACAAAGAAUGAUAUUUUUGAUGCAGAAUCGGACAGUGAUGGCCCUUGUGAUAGCAGAGACACAUCUCCCCGAAUAAAGAAGAAGAAAAACAAGCUCAAAGAGCUGGAUACUACGCCAGGUAGUCCAAAAAAAGAUAAGAAAUCAAGAGUUGAUAAAAUAUGUGAGCCAGAGAAAUCUAAAAGUGAGCCACUAGAUAAGUCCCCUUCAGUCUCUCCUGUCAAUGAGAAGACUUCAAAAACAAAGAAAAGAACUAUUGAAACAGACAAUGAGCAUAAAGGGAUGAAAAAACAAAAAAAACAUGAAACAAAAGAAAACGGAAAAUCUAGAAAAGAAUUGACGGAUGCGAAGAAGAAACAGAAGAUAUCUAGAGAAAGUAAAAUUAAUGAUACCACACAACCACAGCAAGAGACAUCAGAUAAAGAUGACGGUUCUGCAGAUGAACUUUCGCAUGAUGAGCAGAGUAUAGUAAGCACAGAAGCUACUGACAUCUCUGUAGAUGAACAAGCUCAAGAACUGACCUCGUCUUUUGAUUCAAAUAUGAAAGCUGAUGCUGUCAGUCUAGAGCAAAGUCAUGUGGAUCAGAAUGCAAGACAAAAGAAAACAAAAAAGCAUGCUUCUGAACAGAGGGUAAAGCUACAGGAUAUAAAAGAACUUAUUCUUGAAAAAAAAGGAGUACGUUCAGAGAGCAGUAUGAGUAAAAGGGAGUCGACCCAUUUAAAACUACGAAAUAUACUAGCAGCAAGCAGGUCUACCGAUUCAAGUGAGAAAACUCAAAAAUCAUCAAAAACAGGAGCUGAGGAGUCUGAUGAACAGUCUUCAGAUUCAAGUGAAGGACUUGGUGGUGUCAAAAGAAAAGCAAAAAGCAGAGUUUUGGAUUCAUCACCAGAACUGGAAUCUAGGGGAAAGAGUAAAGAGGAAGAACAUGCUGAUAAAAUCGGUUCAAGUUCAGGCACACCUUCAAAAAGCAAAGGCAUUUCUGCACCAUCUUCCCAAGAGGAAAGUGAAAAGGAACAGCUCCAAUCUCCAAGUCUGUUUGAGAAAUUUUUGCUGAACUGUGAAGCAAAAGACAGAAUUCCUAAAAAGCAAAGUUUGGGCACUGCAACAAUGAAUGUGGAAGAGAAAACUGAGAACAAAACAACUGGAAAGAGCAAGGCUGAGAAGUCUAAACCAGCAAAAGAUACAUCUGUUCCUAAAGUACCUCCAGAAAAGAUGGAUAAAAGCAUCGCAGAGUCAAAACCUCUGGAAAUAAGACAACCUGAAAGUAAAGUAUUAAAAAGUGCUUUCGACAUUGAAAGGAGCCCGUCUGAAGAUAAUGAAGAAUCCACAGAUAAAAGAGACUCUCCAAGGUCUGAUCAUAUGGCCGAGGCUGUAUCAAAAUGGAGUGAAAGUAGUCCACAGGAAAGGCAACGAAAGAGAGAGGACAGUGAACCUCGUCUUUAUAUUGCCUGUGAUGACACCUAUGAUGUACAGGAUACAAGUAUGAAAGCAGAAAAACCUACUGAUUCACGACCAGUUCUGAACCUUGGAGUGGAUCUUCAGCUUGACUGGAUGACUGUAGAAGAUUUCCAGAAACACCUCCACGGAAAAGAUCAAAAUCAUAUCACCACAACAGUGUCUACAAGUGUUCUACGUGAUGCAGUAAAAAAUGGGGAUUACUUGACUGUAAAACUGGCACUGAAUUCAAAGGAGGAAUAUAAUUUAGAUCAAGAGGAUUCAAGUGGAAUGACAUUGUUAAUGCUGGCAGCUGCAGGAGGGCAAGAUGAUAUAAUCAGACUUUUACUUAAGAGAGUUGUGAAGAUCAAUGCCACGCAAAAAUCUGGCACAACUGCUCUUAUGCAUGCAGCAGAAAAGAAUUUUUUGACUACUGUUGCAAUUCUUCUGGAAGCUGGAGCUCAUGUCAACCUACAACAGCUAAAUGGUGAAACAGCUUUAAUGAAGGCCUGUAAAAGGGGAAAUAUAGACAUAGUGAGGCUUCUGCUGGAGUAUGGAGCUGACAGCAAUAUGCUCUCUAAACACCAGAACAGUGCACUGCAUUUUGCAAAACUUAGCAAUAAUGUCCUAGUAUAUGACUUGGUCAAGUCUCAUAUGGAUGCGUUAAUCAGUGUUACAGAAGAAGCAUUUAGAGACUAUUUUGAGUCCCGAUUGACUAUCAUUGAGCCUUGUUUCCCAGUGGCCUGUCACAGACUUUGUGAAGGACAAGACUUUUCAUUAGAAUUCAACCACAAACCAGCACACUCAGUAACAGAAGGUUCUGGGACUCUUCUCUUCAUUCUACAUGCCAAUUUUUUCAAUGGUACUGAAAUAGCAGCUCGGCUUUGUGGACCCUGCAGUGUGCAGGCUGUGAUUCUUAAUGACAAAUUCCAACUCCCAGUCUUUUUGGGACAGGUGGGCAAGUACAAGAAUAUCCUCUUUUUGAAGGAUAGCCAUUUCAUUUACUCGUUCAGUCCUGUACAGGGUCUCAAUAAGUUGUAUAUCAGAUUUGCAGAAGCCCCAACAGCAAAGGUGAAGUUAAUUAUAACGGCGUACCGAGUUCAGCUGCAGUGACCACCACUUGACAUUCUGCAAGGCCGUCAUCUGUGGACUUUUCUAAACCAGCAGCACCCUUUUCAGUCGGACUGUUUUUGCCUUGCAACUCUCGCAUUUAUCACUGGAGCCGUGGCGAGACUGCAUGUGUGAAUCGACAGGUUUAAAGAUGCCAGUACACUGACUGGCACCAAAGGAACAUUACUGCUGAUGGGCAGGGCACAGUAGGUUUGUGUACAUAUGUGUAACUAUAAGAGGAAUCUAUUUAAGUGAUGGCCUUGUGUUUUGUUUCCUGUACACAAGCUGCUAUGUGACAUGUUUGUUUCAUUGUGUUUAAAGAGACCACAUGUAAUAGACUGGCUGCGGCUGCUGUUAGAUGUCAGAUAUUACACGUGGAUUUCUUUAUGCAUUUUCAUAUAGAAAAAAUGUUGUACAGUGUAAAGGUUGCAAUCCCUUUUUAAUGAUGGGGGGGGGGGGGGGGGGGGCCACUGGUGUUUGUAAAAAUGUACAGAAUGAGUGGCCGUGAAAGAGCACCUGCAGGGCGCUGCUGCCACUUCAUCUUGGCUCUUAUCAGUGAGGCACCAUAGAGUUUGGGCAAAUGUACUUGGGCAUCCCCUUGUCAAAAUCUAACAUGAAUUUCUACAAUGUACCUAAUAUUUACCUUAAUACAGAAACUAAUUUAACAGUC